AUGACUACCCCCAGACGGAAAGCAUGCGUCGAGUGUCGCCAACAAAAGAUCCGAUGUGAUGUUGAGCAACACAAGGUACCACACGACCCCUGCGGUCGUUGCAAGAAGAUGGGUCUCGAAUGUAGGAUCCUGCCUACAUCAACCCGGAAUCUUCGUCAGACCAAGGCUGAAAUGCGGAGAGAGUUGGAAGAGCUGCGAUGGAACAUGAGAAAUAGCCAGGCACCAGGAUCCGCAACGGAAUCCAACUACCCCCAUUCAACUGCAUCGCCGAAUAUGGAUAUGGACCACGACCAAUACUCGGAUCCCUCCGGCCAGACCGACGGUUCGCAUUCAUUGUCACCAGCUUUCGGAUCAAGACCACCAACAAGAAAAGGAUCUGGGUCUAACGGUACGAUUCCACGUAUGUUGGACGGCUACGUCCUGGACCCAAAACGGAUCGACGACUGCUUCAUGCUAUUCUUUACGCAGUACCAUCCUCUUUUUCCUAUUCUUGAUGCAUCUUUAGGUCCCAAUGACUACUACGAGGCGUCGCCAUUUCUUUUCUGGACCAUCAUUGUAAUUGGAUCGAGAAGAUAUUCCGAGGAUCCGAACGUGCUCGACAGAUCGAGUCAACUCAUCACGCCUCUGGCGUUCUCUUCAAUGGCGCUGCGGUCAUCCCCGAUGCCAGUGAUCCAAGGUCUCCUCCUUCUUUGUACAUGGCGAUUGCCAACAAACUCCAUGUACAAGGACAUGACUCACCUGAUGUGUGGAUCUGCAGUUCAUCUGGCCACUCAGAUUGGCCUCCACAUCUCAGGGGUAGGUCAGGAUUUUGUCAGAAUGCCCGUGAAGAAGGAUCAAGAACAGAAGGUGUUUCGGGCAAGAUUGUGGCUGUGCUGCGUCAUUGUGUCCAUAAGGACAAGCUGCGCUGAAGGCAUCCCACCUCUGGCAGAGUCGUUCUUCGAUUGUGACGAGCGAGACCGCGAAGAUAUGAGUCCUUUUCUGCCUUCUGAUCUGCAGUUCCUUCACAAAGUCUACAUCAUCCUCUUGCGUGCCAUCGUCGCCAUGGGGAAGACUAAUCUGCAGUCAAUUAAGUGCGACGUUCGCGUGCUGCGAUCACUUAUCAGCAUUUUCGAUUCUCAGCUUCUGAGCCUGGCACCGUCCUCUCCUAGUGAACUAGAUACGCUCCAGCUUAACUGUGCCCGUAUUCACGUAAUGUCUUUCCAUUUCUUCGCUCAUCCCAUGAGCCCCGAUGCGGAUGGCCUGUCUCGGUUCUUCUCCCUUUGCGUCUCAACGAUCAACACUGCGACCAUAAUGGCCCAAACAGUCAACCUUGCAUCUGUAUCACAGUCUUUUGUCGACAGGACCAUCUGCCUUGCUGGCUUCACCAUCCUGAGGCUUGUGCGCAGUCCUCUUGCUCAGCACUUGGAUCUCGCUAUCGGCGAACAAGCGUUCUUUCAAGCAGUUCAAUUCCUCAAAAACGUUUCCCUGCAGCCUGGAGACAUCGGAAUACGCACAGCCCUGAUCAUGCACGACCUCUGGAACAGCAGCAAAGUCUUUCGCAGGAAAGACGGACGGAUUGAGUCGCUCGGAUUGAGAUUGCGAACCAGACUGAGCAUGAGCGUCAGCUAUGAUAUGUUCUGGUAUUGGCGGGAAGAGUUCGGCAACAUGCAGAACCCAUAUAACGGAGAUGAAGCUCUCAGCACGUCGCAUGAAGUGACGCAACCUAGCACACCUCGUAAGCAAACUUUCUCAAACUCUAAUCGCCAUCAACUGAUCCUGGAUCAAGCCUACAUUCAAAACCAAAACCAAAACCAGAACCAGAACCAGAAGUUUCCAGUGUCGAAUUCUACUCCAUCAACCUUACCUACAGCGCAACAACCUCUCACAAAAUUCGAUCCGAGCCUCAUCAACCCGCAACUUCAAGUCAAUCCUGCAGCGGCAGGAAUGAGUUUCGACACUUGGGACGGAUCCGACUACAGCGUACCACCGAUGCUGGAUCAAUUUCCCGAUUACGAUUGGGCUGCUGGUUUCGAGUUUACGAACAGCGAUCUUCCUAAUGCUUCCCUAGGUCCGAUCGGUGGACCCAUGAUGCCUCAGAACGUCGGCAACAUGGGAUAUACUUUCGGCUGA